AUGCCGCCAAAGAAACGGCCCUAUGUACCAAAGACGAAGGGUUGCCACGAGUGCUCGAAACGACGCAUUCACUGCGACCGCAACGAGCCUAGCUGCAACAAAUGCGCCUCUCGUGGCCUAAAGUGCAGUGGACUUGGGAUUCGUCAUCGAUUCAACAAGGGUGUUGCUGCGAGGGGCAAGUGGGCAGGAAAGACCAUCGAAAGGGUCUAUGAAGAGAAUUCAUGGAGUCUUUCCGGAAACGACAAACAUGACACGAUACCCUCAAAGUCGACUUCCACACUGUCCCACAACCUACACGCUAAUAACCAGCAGCACACCAUCUUUGGCGGAAGUUUUGAUAUUGAUGACUUUUACGUCCCGGAUCCGUACCAGCUCUGCGGACGCACCCUUCGUGGUUUACGACAACGACAGGAACUUGUCAACGCUGAUCAAACCGAGAAACACUCCGUCUUGAUAAGUCUCUUGCUUCUCAUCACAGCCGUGUUGGUGACUGGAGGUUCUGACUUUCCGGUCCUGUUCCGGAUGAUGGAGUCGGCGUUUGAUGCUAUUGGGGGCAAAGAAGGGCUCGGGACUGGGACCCUGGCCGAGUUUAUCAUGCGGGAGCUACACAAACUUCGAGUCUACGCUGCUCCGCACCUCGGCGAAGAAACAGGCCUCGAGAUGAUUUCCUCACAAGCCCGAACCGCUCAACUAUUCGGAUGUCUCAACCACUGCAUAGACCAAUAUCCCCAGCACUCAUCUCUAUCUUCACAAUUCGCAGAUCUCGUGUACCAGGCGCGAGACAUUUAUCUCCAACAAGUCAUGUCAGAUCAGACUUCUGCAUUUUUCAACUUUGAGCCAGUCCCAGGUAACCCAGGCUCCGUGGCCCGCCUCGAAAAAUUCAUCGAAUCACUCAAGAAGAUUCCACACACGUCUCCUGUCGAGCACAUGCUUAUCUGGACAACAUUUGUAGCGGCUUCAGAUGCCCAACUUGAUGAGCACAAGGCGUUUUUCGAAAAGGUGCUUCGAAGACAUCAUGCGAGAAGUGGAUUUGGGAAUUUGCUCAAGGGUAUAGAAUCACUCAAGAAGUUAUGGAGUCGGAAACCGGGGGAGAGGUGGACUUCUUUGUUACCGCAGGAAAAGGUCCUUGUUGCGUGA